UUCCUGCGCGGGCGCCAGAGCGGCCGGCUGCCCGGCGCUCCGUGGUUUCCAGCUCGCGUGGUGGCGGCGGCGGCGGAGCGUCUCCGUGAGGAGGUGCGCGGGGCCAUGACGUCAGCGUCCACCAAGGUUCGACCUCCCUCGCGGACUGCGCUCCCUGGCGGCCACGGGAGGGUGGGCCCCCUGCCUGGCUCCCGGCUGGUUGGAGAGAUCUUCUCGGCGGCCGGCGCCGCCUUCACGAAGCUCGGGGAGCUGACUAUGCAGCUGCAUCCAGUGUCGGACUCUUCCCCUGCCGGUGCCAAGUGGACGGAGACGGAGAUAGAGAUGCUGAGGGCUGCUGUGAAGCGGUUUGGGGACGAUCUUAAUCACAUCAGCUGUGUCAUCAAGGAACGGACAGUGGCUCAGAUAAAGACCACUGUAAAGCGAAAAGUAUAUGAAGACUCUGGCAUCCCUCUUCCAACUGAGUCACCUAAGAAAGGGCCCAAGAAGAUGACAUCUGGGGUCCUCUCACCUCCAACCGCCCCUCCACCCAGCAGCUCCAGUGUCCCUGAAGCUGGGGGUCCUCCCCUAAAGAAACAGAAGGCUGAUGUGACACUCAGUGCUCUGCACGACUCGGACGCCAACAGCGACCUGGUGGACGUAGAAGGGCUAGGAGAAACUCCUCCAGCCAAGAAACUCAACUUUGACCAGGACAGCCUGACCCUGGACUCUGGCCUUCUCUCGACCUCUGCUGAUGCUCCUCUACUCUCCUGCUGAGCCUGCCACCUCUGACCCUCACUGUUCACCGUGGACCUGUGGAUCACCGGGGACUCUAAGCAAGGACUGCGUGAGAGAGGGUCCGAAAGCCACUGGAGCUGUCCACCUUGUUCCUGAGAAACAUGUGCCCUCACCCUCUGACCUCCGUCUGAUGGACAUUUUUAUACAGAAAAUUAUAAUAAAACAUUCUCUCGGCA